AUGAAGUUCACCAUUCUCAUCUUUGCCGGCGCCGCAGCUGCUUUCGUCAAGUGCGGAACGCCCUCAAACGACCAGUUGAGGGGAGGAUGUGACGACAAUCAGGCAGGUGGAUGCGAGAUGUGGUGCGGCAAGCGUUGCCCGAGCAGCAACUUCCCCGUUUGCAUCCCGAAGGCGAAUAAGGACUACGACUGUGUCUGCGCGCGCACCUAA